UCUCUCUCACACUCACUCACUCACUCUCAGGGUGACAUCAUCACCACAAACACUCCAGACAUGAGAAGGAGCAGGUGAAGAUGUCCCUGACGAACACCAAAACAUGGUCCAGAGUACUUGUACCUGUGCUGCUGCUGUGCUGUGUGUCCUACUACUGUUCACAUUUCUUCCUUCAGAGUAGUGAAGGGGCUUUCAGUAAGGCCCUCUGUGACAGCUGGAAUAUCUCUCAGAAGUGGGAGAGACUCAACUUCAAUGUGAGCAGGAAUGCUCAACUUUUCUUGAAGCUGGAGGAUUUCUUCUGGCGACGCUACUUGUCCACGUUCGCCUUGCCAUAUGGUGUUAAGGGCAGUGAGCUUUUUCUCGUGAAAGCAUUGGCAGCUAUGCCUAGCUAUGACAUGCCUGAGACGAUAAAACAUUUGCUUUGCAAAACCUGCAUGGUGGUUGGAAAUGGGUUCGCGAUCAAGAACACCUCGUUAGGAAGUUCCAUUAACAAGUAUGACAUAGUGAUCAGGUUGAACGAUGCCCCAGUUCGGGGGUAUGAGGCCGAUGUGGGGAACAAGACUACCAUGCGCCUCUUCUACCCUGAGUCGGCUUCCUACAAUCCCAGCAUCCACAAUGACCCUGACACCCUCAUGGUCCUCGUGCCUUUCAAGCAGCAAGACGUGCGCUGGCUCAAAGAGAUCCUGUACAAUGAGAAGAGGAUCAGAAAGGGCUUCUGGAAACCCCCUCCUGAGAUCUGGUUGGGUAAAACCAGCCACAUCCGCAUCCUGGACCCCUACUUCCUGCAGCAAACGGCCAGCCGCCUGCUCCGCUUGCCUCUCAACACACCUCCAAAGACCAACCAGAUCCCAGCGCACCCUACAACUGGCAUUCUGGCCAUCUACGUGGCCCUUAACUACUGUGACGUGAUCCACAUCGCUGGAUUUGGCUACCCAGAGUCUAAAGACCUGAAGCACCCCAUUCACUACUAUGGCUAUGACACCAUGAAGUCUAUGAAGAAUUCGUACCACAACCUCUCCCAUGAGGUGAAAGCUCUGAAGCGACUAGAGGACUCUGGUGCUGUUGUAUACCUACACCCUCACUCCUGACCAAUGCAACACUAAUAGUGCACAAGUGAAUGAUACAAUUAUAUAUAAUAUAUUAUAAACUGGGUGGUUCGAGCCCUGAAUGCUGAUUGGUCGUGGUAUAACAUUAGCAUACAUUUCCGUAUGGGUGGCCCCAGGGGGAAUCAAUUCCACAAUCCAGACUACUGUACCAACUGAGCUAUACAGGACCACAGUGAAGGAAGAGAGUUGGGACACUGAAAAAGGACUUCCCUUGCCUACACAUCUUUAUCACAAUCUCAUAAAAAUCCAGUGUGUUUUAGGGAUUAACAUGGGUAUCCGGGAUCUCGGGACUGUCCCAGGAGCACUCUUCAGACAGUAGCGGUGGGUGGGGAAAAUCACUGGGGAAGCCAAGGCAUGAGAAAAAAGCCCCAUUACAACCUACAGUUGAAGUCGGAAGUUUACAUACACCUUAGCCAAAUACAUUUAAACUCAGUUUUUCACAAUUCCUGAGAUUUAAUCUGAGUAAAGAUUCCCUGUUUUAGGUCAGUUAGGAUCACCACUUCAUUUUAAGAAUGUGAAAUGUCAGAAUAAUAGUAGAGAAUGAUUUAUUUCAGCUUUUAUUUCUUUCAUCACAUUCCCAGUGGGUCAGAAGUUUACAUACGCUCAAUUAGUAUUUGGUAG